UUGAUUCUGACGCUGGAAAUUCGAUUCGUGUUUUUUAUGAUGGAUUUGUCGCCAAACAAUCAGAUCGAGGACAGAAAACCCAUCCUAACCGCCGACGGCCUGGUCCAGACUUCGAACUCCCCCUUCGAGCCGACCAUAUCGCAGGAGACGCAAACAUCCAACGGAAUCGGUGGCCAGUGCCAUCUUACGGUUGACCAGUUGGACAUCGAGAUUCUGCCGAUAAUCUACGACAUUGUGCGCUGCGUGGAAAAGGAUCCUCUGGAGAACGCCGUUAAGCUGCGCGAGUCCCAGGAUUGCAACCACAAGAUCUUUGAGCUGCAAAAACGCUUCGAAUCGGCACGCGAGCAAAUACGCCAGCUGCCCGGGAUCGAUUUCAAUAAGGAGGAGCAGCAACAGAGACUGGAACUACUGCGAAAUCAGCUGAAGCUUAAGCAGCAGCUAAUUCGCAAGUACAAGGACACAGAGUUCUAGGCGGCAGCGAAAUAAGAAA